AUGCAGGCAUGUCACAUCAAAAGUCAGGGCAUCAAAAACGGAAAGAAAAGAAGGAAAGAGAAGACCGAGAACGCCGAAGUCGACAGUAUGUCACACAGUUUUUCAAAAAGAAAGACACAGAUUCAGCGGCCGCUGCACACCCACGUCUUCCUUCCCCCGCGGCCCCCGUCCCCGUCUCAGCCAAACAAGAUAGUGACACAUGCAGGCAUGUCACAUCAAAAGUCAGGGCAUCAAAAACGGAAAGAAAAGAAGGAAAGAGAAGACCGAGAACGCCGAAGUCGACAGUAUGUCACACAGUUUUUCAAAAAGAAAGACACAGAUUCAGCGGCCGCUGCACACCCACGUCUUCCUUCCCCCGCGGCCCCCGUCCCCGUCUCAGCCAAACAAGAAACAAGAGAGAGACAGAGAGUUUUGCCAGGAAAGAGUGUGGAAGUUGAGGAAGCGGUGAGAAUAGUGGAAUAUGAGAGCACAGAGGGAGCCCUAAGUGUGAAGGAAGAUAACAGAAGAGGGGAAGAUGAGAGAACAGAGGAAGCCAUGAGAGCAGACUCAGAGGAAGAUGAGAGAACAGAGGAAGCCAUGAGAGCAGACUCAGAGGAAGAUGAGAGAACAGAGGAAGCCAUGAGAGCAGACUCUGAGGAAGAUGAGAGAACAGAGGAAGCCAUGAGAGCAGACUCUGAGGAAGAUGAGAGAACAGAGGAAGCCAUGAGAGCAGACUCAGAGGAAGAUGAGAGAACAGAGGAAGCCAUGAGAGCAGACUCAGAGGAAGAUGAGAGAACAGAGGAAGCCAUGAGAGCAGACUCAGAGGAAGAUGAGAGAACAGAGGAAGCCAUGAGAGCAGACUCAGAGGAAGAUGAGAGAACAGAGGAAGCCAUGAGAGCAGACUCAGAGGAAGAUGAGAGAACAGAGGAAGCCAUGAGAGCAGACUCUGAGGAAGAUGAGAGAACAGAGGAAGCCAUGAGAGCAGACUCAGAGGAAGAUGAGAGAACAGAGGAAGCCAUGAGAGCAGACUCAGAGGAAGAUGAGAGAACAGAGGAAGCCAUGAGAGCAGACUCUGAGGAAGAUGAGAGAACAGAGGAAGCCAUGAGAGCAGACUCAGAGGAAGAUGAGAGAACAGAGGAAGCCAUGAGAGCAGACUCAGAGGAAGAUGAGAGAACAGAGGAAGCCAUGAGAGCAGACUCAGAGAGAGAUGAGAGAACAGAGGAAGCCAUGAGAGCAGACUCAGAGGAAGAUGAGAGAACAGAGGAAGCCAUGAGAGCAGACUCAGAGGAAGAUGAGAGAACAGAGGAAGCCAUGAGAGCAGACUCAGAGGAAGAUGAGAGAACAGAGGAAGCCAUGAGAGCAGACUCAGAGGAAGAUGAGAGAACAGAGGAAGCCAUGAGAGCAGACUCAGAGGAAGAUGAAGAAGAGACUGUUGUGUCAAAUGAUCCUGGUCAGGAUUCAGCCGCCAGAGGAAAAGAAAACGGUUUCACGAUGAGACAGAGGUAG